CACACAGCCCCAGGACCACCCUUGACCGUCCUCAACCAAGCGAUGCAUGCCAGGGGCCCCCAUGGCCAACUGUCCCCGGCACUGCCUCUGGCCUCCUCAGUCCUGAUGCUGCUGAUGAGCACCCUGUGGCUGGUGGGGGCCGGCCCCGGCCUGGUCCUGGCCCCGGAGCUGUUGCUGGACCCCUGGCAGGGUGAGGGCCAGCCACGUGGACCUUGGAGGAAGCAGGAGACUUGCUGUAGGGCCUGGGCCCAGUUGGCAGGAGCAGCACAAGGCCUCCAGGGGUCAAACAGGGAUGGGGCCCAGUGUCCCGGGGAAGCAUGGCCUUAGACAGGAGCAUGCCCAGCACAUCCACAGCCAAGAAGGGAGGCAGAGGACUCCCUAGGGUGGGCUGGAACCUAUGGGUAGGAGUGCUUUUCUCAUGGUUUCCCUUUCUAGCAGCUUUUCCUUGAAAUAAGAACUAAGGCCAGGUGGCUGACACCUGUAAUCCCAGCACUUUGGGAAGCUGAGGCAGGUGGAUCACUUGAGGUCAGGAGUUCGAGACCAGCCUGGCCAACAUGGUUAAACCCUGUCUCUACUAAAAACACAAAAAUUGGCCGGGUGCAGUGGCUCACACCUGUAAUCCCAGCACUUUGGGAGGCCGAGGCGGGCAGAUCACGAGGUCAGGAGAUUGAGACCAUCCUGGCUAACACGGUGAAACCCCGUCUCUACUAAAAAUACAAAAAGAUUAGCCGGGCGUAGUGGCGGGUGCCUGUAGUCCCAGCUACUCGGGAGGCUGAGGCAGGAGAAUGGCGCGAACCUGGGAGGCGGAGCUUGCAGUGAGCCGAGAUCGCGCCACUGCACUCCAGCCUGGGUGACAGAGUGAGACUCCAUCUCAAAAAACAAAACAAAACAAAAAAACAACUAAGACUUUCAACUAAGCAUGAGGAUGGGAGGAGGGGGUGUUGGGGGUUUGAGGAGUGACCUCAGCUGAGCACCUGUUUCCCAAUAAUAACUCCUCCAAUUUGUAUUUGAGGACCCCCAAUGAUGCUCAGAGAGGUUAAGUGAUUUGACCAGGGUCACACAGCUUGAGGGAAUGGGGUAGCUCCAGGAUUGAAGCAGGCCAUUUCAUGCUCUCAGCCAGGUAUGAUUUAGUAAAUACAGAAGCAGAGUACCUUCAUGGUGUCUGGGACGUAGUGAGUGCUCAGUAGCGGGUUGUCAGUGAAAAGACUGAGUGGCACGUCCAGUGUGUUCUGUUUAAUACCACAGAGGCAUAGCCACAGUGUUUGGAAGUCCUUGGUCCCUUCCACCAAUGAUUAAGUGCUGGCUGUGGGCAGACUGGCUCCUGGGGAGGGGAGGUGGGCUCAGCAGGUGGCCCUGGUGUAGGGUAACCUUCAACCUGGCACACCUGGGACAGCCUUGGAUGUUGGGGCCACUAACCUGGCACAUAAGCCCCUUCUCUCUCCCAGUGCACCGGCUGCUGACCCAUGCCCUGGGCCACACGGCCCUGCCGGGCCUGCUCCUGAGCCUGCUGCUCCUGCCCACUGUGGGCUGGCAGCAGGAGUGCCACCUGGGCACGCUGAGAUUCCUGCAUGCCUCAGCCCUGCUCGCCCUGGCUUCUGGGCUGCUGGCAGUGCUGCUGGCAGGCCUUGGGCUGUCCAGUGCAGCCGGCAGCUGUGGAUACAUGCCUGUCCACCUGGCCAUGCUGGCUGGGGAGGGACACCGCCCUAGACGGCCCCGUGGGGCACUGCCACCAUGGCUGCCACCGUGGCUGCUGCUUGCCCUGACCCCACUGCUCAGCUCUGAGCCACCCUUCCUGCAGCUGCUUUGCGGCCUCCUUGCCGGCCUGGCCUAUGCAGCUGGGGCCUUCCGGUGGCUGGAACCCUCAGAGCGACGGCUGCAGGUGCUGCAGGAGGGCGUCUUGUGCAGGACCUUGGCGGGGUGCUGGCCCCUGAGGCUCCUUGCCAUCCCGGGCAGCCUGGCGGAGCUGCCUGUCACCCAUCCUGCCGGAGUGAGGCCUCCCAUCCCUGGACCGCCUUAUGUGGCCUCCCCUGACCUCUGGUCCCACUGGGAAGACUCAGCCCUGCCCCCACCAAGCCUGAGGCCUGUGCAGCCCACCUGGGAGGGCUCCUCAGAGGCAGGCCUGGACUGGGCUGGGGCCAGCUUCUCCCCAGGGACUCCGAUGUGGGCGGCCUUGGAUGAGCAGAUGCUGCAGGAGGGCAUCCAGGCCUCGCUUCUUGACGGGCCAGCCCAGGAACCCCAGAGCGCACCAUGGCUGUCCAAGUCCUCUGUCUCCUCUCUGCGGCUGCAGCAGCUGGAGCGCAUGGGCUUCCCUACGGAGCAGGCGGUGGUGGCACUGGCAGCCACAGGCCGUGUGGAGGGUGCCGUGUCACUGUUGGUUGGAGGACAAGUGGGCACUGAGACCCUGGUGACCCAUGGAAAGGGUGGGCCUGCCCACUCCGAGGGUCCUGGGCCUCCCUAGCCCAGGCAGAGAGUGGGGCACAGGCAGGCCCUUGGGUGCUAAGGGCUGGGCUGCAUGUGGGUAGCCCGAGCUCCUGCUCUGUCUAAAGAGGGCCACAGUGGGGAGCAGGGGCACCUCUGGAGGCAGGAGAGGCCCCCCAGCAUGCUGCCCUAGUACGUGUUUAGAAUAAAAACCAGUUUGUUUUUCAA